GAAAUCAGGACAAAUUUUUGUGACACUCACUAAGCCUAAAAAUGAAUUAGAUAACUGAAGUGAGUUUCCCGUAGAGAACUAAUAUAUCUAUAUCUAUAUCUAUAUCUAUAUCUAUAUCUAUAUUAUUAUAUAGAUAUAUUAAUAUUCUUGUAUGCAGAUAAAGAUUUUUUACAAUAUUAUCAUCGAUAUCCAAUUGCAGUGCGACUUGAAGGCAAUUGUCCCGUUUUCAGGAGACUUAAAGUGUUGAGUGACAUUAAAAGUUCAGCAUUGUUUUAGAGUACUAACUUAGAUGAUUUGAAACAUAAUUGUGCGUCAUUUUCCGCCUUUGUGUUCUCAGAGUCCAUGAUUCUUAGCCAAAGAUCUCUUCUUUCUUACUUAAGUCUAUAAUUGCUCGUGAAAGUUAAGAGUUACGAAUAGCUUAGCGCGAUACAGCUGUUAACGUUCUGGUUGGAACCGGGUUAACGCGAAAUUCAGCGUUAAUACGUAUAGUAGAAUAAGUAUGUCAGCUGAUAGAGAUGCCCUUACAGAUGCAAGGCCUGGGAGGCAUUGAAAGUGAUUCAGGGGCGAAUCCUUGAUGAACGAAAGCUUGUAAAGAGGGGAAUCCUUUCGUCCUUGCACUUAUUGGUUAAAUUGGUCACCCCCAUCAACUCACACAGUAUUUUUUAGGUUGCAGGUGUAUCUACUCAUGUAACUACGAUUUUCAGAAAAAACAGAUGACAGCUUAUAUACAGUUGAAAUUUAUUUUUUAUCUUUAGCCUCACCGAAGCUGAAUAGCUUCAAGAGGUUAUGAAUGACUCUAAAAAUUAUUCCUAAAGUUGAGGAAUAAAAUACGAACUCCCUGUAAUCAAUCUAAUUCCAGAACCGCACACGUGCUUAUAAAUACAUUAUUCUAAUUUUUUAUCCAACCUUCUCACCAAUAUGGCGAAACUAUUGCAGGUUUAUGUUUAGGCAGCUUCUGGGGCAGAUUAUCCAUUUUGGAAGAGUAUCUGUGCACUGGUAUUUUUCGAGGGAAGAGAUUCGUUCGGAGAAGUUGAUUGUAUUGCUGCAAGUAAAUAUCAGUAAUAAGGAUACCUGAAGCUUGGAUCACUACGCGCGGGUUUCAGUGUUAUCUUUCAUCAUUGGGGGAUACAUACCGAUUUGUUUUUCCUUGGUAAAAGCAAAGCAAUGAAAGGAAUGUUGGCAUACCAGCCCUGUCGCUAUGAGGGAAUAGCUUCGACUCAUCGCUUGCGCCUUAAAGGAUUCUUAUCUGUAUUAAAAGCUCAAAUGAUUUUACAACAAUAGAACAGUGAAAACUUCCGUGACUUAAAAAUAACUGAAAAUUCUGAUGCAUUACAAGUGUUCAACGAUAAAAUAUUUGGUCAUUAUUUUAUAUCAUUUAUGUUUUUUGUCUGCUUUGUUAAUGUCUAUUUCUUAUUGAUUGAAACAAAAUUUUUUCCUCUAACUAUAUUUUUAUUCCUAAAAUCUUGAAAUGACCAGUUCAAAGCUCCACCUGUUUCUUCUUUGUGUGAAUCAUCGGAAUUAUAAUCAAUCCAAUGAAUAAACAGAUAUAAGAGUUUUUUUUUGACCCAUUAAUUAAUCAUUUUAUAUUUAUAACUGACUCAUUUUACCUAAAUCAAGAAUUCAAGUAGAGGAAGUGUAUGAAUGAUGCUCACCCUCACGUUUCAAAGAUUACCUUACAGGAGAACAAGUUCUUUGAUCGAGUAUUUUUCAAUCCUUUCCAAUUUUAUUAAGAUUUCAAAUUUCUAAAAUCCAUGGCCAAGUAAGGUGGAAAAAGGCAAGUAUUUCUGAUUGACUGUUCAUUGAAGUUGUCGUUUUUAUAUCAGUGAGAACAAACGUACUAUUUUAUCUUCGAUCAAUCGUUUUAUGUUGGAAGCUCUCUAUUGAGGGACCCAUAGGUGCCGUUACAGAGCACGUAUUCAGGACAAAACGUAAACUGAUAGGCACCAAAGACUCUUGCGGGGUCACAAGUGCGUUGUAUAUGAAAUCUCCGCAUUGCUGUUUCACAAGUCCAGUUCUCUUUUCCAUUGUUACGUCAUUGUGGCCAUUUGUGAUCCACUGGAGUCUGACUGGAUGUAUUAUUACAGAGUGAUCUACAAGCUGUAUUAGUGUGCGCCUACAUUCUUUUUUAUGUAUCUGUCGCUUCUAAGGACGAGGUGCUUGUUUACGAAUUCUUCGUACACGCGGUAUAUGCCAGCGACUUCUUCAUGGUACCGCAGACUAGUAGCCUUUUAUUGGCGAAGCCAAGCGCCUGCAUGCCUUCUCACCAUUGACAGGGGCAUAUAUGCAUAGAUGCUGGUACUGGUAGAGCAUACAAUAGGGUCUCCUCAGAGGCUGUCCAAGCGGACGAAACGCUUCGAUUGAAAAAUCUUAGCGUUUAUCUGACUUGAAUAUUUAUGCCGAGUUAAAAAAGCUUGCAUUUUAUUUAUUUUGCUCGUUCUUUUCUUUUUGUGAAUGAAGAUACACAAUGGUACAUCGGAGGAAUUCAAGCAUAAACAUGGGCAAUGCAUCACAUCGAGGGUAUUUCAAGGACAGGACUGUAAAGGGUCUGCCUCGCAUAUUUCUUUUUUAAUUGGAGAGUUCAAGAACUUAAUAUUCUAUGCCCAGGGAUUCCCAACAUUUGACCUUACUGACCCUCUCCCUUUUUCUUCUCUUCGUCUCUAGUUUUAGGUUAUAUAUAUAUAUAUAUAUUGGGGACUUUCUCUUGGUCAAAAUUAUUCAUCUGGUACGCAAGAUAAGAUUGUAAGGAAAACUCUUCUUACCAUUGCAAAUUUUUUUUUUUUGAACAUUAUCAUCAUGCAGCUUACGGAAAGGACCUGACGCAUGAAACACGAGCAAUCUUGAUAUCCUUGAGCGCAAUGAAGCUCAUGUAAAGGAUUUUCGUCCUUUGAAUGCUGGAACUUUCACGAGCAGAAUUUCUUGAACGCAGUCCAAGAGAUGACCACCGUAAGUAAGCAUGGAAUAUUUUGUGGCGCAUUUCUAAACUCCAAUUGCUAGGAUGGCAAGCAGUUCUGUGUCUGGUGCUCUCCGAUGGGGUACAUGUCCUGGUUGAUUUUGAUUCCUUAGACAAACCUUCACGUGUUGUCAUAGCGCAGCGUUUAGGAAAACAUGUUAGCGAUUUCACCACUUCCACUACCACAACUGUGUGUAGCGUGGUACAUGGCUUCAUGGUAGAUGCUGCGCGUUCAUUUGAUUCAGUCAAGCGUUUUUGAGGAUACUAUGUAAUCGUGCCAGCACGUAUUGCAAAGCCAUCGAUGGUUUGUUCCGCUGGGUCCUGAAUUGAUUAUUCUGUGGUCACAACCCCCAGGUAAAACGCUUGGGAAUGUCGACCAGGCGGGUAAUAGGUCACUAACAUGGUUUAUUUGUUAUAUAGUGCAGCCUUUACGGGUCGCAGGAAACAUGCUGCUAUUGUACCGCGGCGGUGGUUGUGCUCUUCCGUCUUGAAGAGGCUUGACCUCAACGAUCUACGUUCUAUAAAUAGUUUCCUUGUAAGAAGUGCUUCUGGUGAUGAUUUUGUGUGUCACAACAGCUUAGCAUUAACUAAGCGGAACAGAGUGGACUGCCUUUUUUUGAGAGCUAUACAGUGCUACCAUCAAACAGUUUCCUAGUUUGCACACGUUUAGUCAGACACAUUCAAUUUCUCUUUUGUGUGAAGCGUGUUUCAUGAAUCGUGUGUCAACUUGCGUCCUUUACAAAGUGAGGGACUAUUUUCUUCUACGAUGCUCUCCUGCCGACUAUUUUCCAAGAAAGCGUGUCCUUAUUCACGACCGAUCACAAUAGUAAAAGUAGUAAUGUAAUUGUCAAAGUCGACACGGUCAAGUGUCUUCUUCUCAUGCAUUUCUUAUUAUCAUUGAAUGCAGAUGCUACAUUGAUCAUCAGAUCAUAUCAUUCAUAUAACUAACUUCUUGCUGCUGCUCGUGUAUCCUACUAAAAGUUUCUCUACGUCAAUAGAGGUUUCGGUUUCAAUUGCCCUCAUACCUGUUGUGAUAUCCGGGCGGAUGGGAUUGGUGAAGUGCAAAGAAAUACUGUGUGAUCUGCGGCUCAAGAAUCUUCCAUUAGCCUAUGCCGCGAGACGUCGAACAUCGAUUGUUUUCGCACCUCCACGGACUCUAUCUAAUCUAGUUUAGGAGGGAGUUGAGUCUAUACUAGAGAAGCAACAUCUUUAUGGCAGAACCCAUGUUAGUGAGUGAAAAUGGGCACUACUUUUUUGUGCACCGACCUCAGCUGGCGGGCUGCUGGUACUGAUACAGUCUCUAAUGGAGGCUCCACAGCGGUACCAAUUUCCCCAGAAUGAGGAAGGUGUGGUGAAAGGGUUCGAUACUCUCUCUAUAAAUGAUCCUCCGUACGUGUAUUCUGUGAAUGAUGACAAUAUGAUAGGAAGUAUAGCUAUUGAUAUUUUCCACGUGGACUAUGUAGGUUUUCCACAGGAUCAGCGUUGCUGCGCAUAUGGCGUGUGUGCCCUUUGUGACGCUUUUGGUUGUGAAUGGUGGAAUUGUGGGGAAAUGAGUAGGGGACGUAUGUUUCCAGCUCCAUUGUAG